CGCUCCUUUCCCCCCCGGGGCUGUGCUGGGCUCACCCUUCUCAAGGAAUCUGCUGCCUGCGCUCCAGAAACAGCUUCCAAGAUGCUGGGCACCUUCUUAGUUGCUCUACUGCUAAGCAGGGUGAUGCCAGGCCUGACUGCUGCUCCUACAAAUAUCCAUCGUGCCGGAUACUGUGCCUUCUAUGACACAUGUGGAUUAAACCCCGAGAUUAGUAGCAGCAUUCUCCCCGCCACCGUGCCUUGUGUCUCCAACAUGAAAGCCCCACAGCUCUCUGGUAAACAUCUCGAACUACUUAAAACUGUCUGCCCAAUGCUACACAAAGGGGACAGUGCCACCUUUGCUUGCUGCUCUAUAGAGCAGCUGCAAGCGGUAAAGCUUAGCCUUGAUGCGUCCCAAGGGAUUCUGUCUCGAUGUCCGUCAUGUGCUGAGAACUUAGCCAACAUCCACUGCCAGAACGUCUGCAGCCCAGAUCAAAGCCUCUUCACCAAUGUCACUCGUGUCUUCAGCACCACGAUCAAUGGCACACAAAGGGAAGGUGUCUUGGAGUACCAGUGCUACUACAAUCAGCGUUUUGCUGACCGGUCCUUCAAUUCUUGCAAGAGUGUCCGUCUGCCAUCCACUGGUGGCUAUGCUAUUGGUGCCAUGUGUGGCAAAUACGGAGCCACUUUGUGCAACGCUCAGCGGUGGCUGGAUUUCCAGGGGGAUUCAAGCAAUGGGCUGGCUCCUUUAGAGAUCUUGUUCCAGUUGAUGCCAGACGGCUCCAUUGUUGGGGAUGACAUUGUGCCAUUCAAUGGGACUGCCUGGAAGUGCAGUGAACCUGUGAGAGGGAGUGGAGACAAAUGCUCCUGCCCAGAUUGCCCUGACUCUUGCCCUCAUAUCCCAUCUCCUACCCCUGCACCUGAACCCUUUCGAGUGGGUAGGAUAGAUGGGGUCUUAUUUGUCUGCAUGCUUCUCUUUGGCCUCCUCACACUGCUGUUUGUGUCCUGCCUGAUGUGGCGAAGUUGCUCCUCAACUAAGAAGCCAAAAGAUCCGGCCCUGAAGAUGGCGAGGAAGAGGUUGACCUGUUCUGAGAAGUUCAGCUGGGCAAUCCACAAUUUCCUGACCAGAACUUUCCGUAGCUUGGGCGUGCUGGUGGCCUCUUACCCUAUCACAGUUAUUGCCAUUUCGGCAGGGCUGGUGAUUUCACUCUCCUGUGGAAUAAUCUUUAUCCGUCUUACCACAGAUCCCGUGGAAUUGUGGUCCUCCCCUAACAGCCAGGCCCGGCAGGAGAAGGACUUCUAUGACCAGAACUUUGGGCCUUUCUUUAGGACCAACCAGGUAAUCCUGACAGUCAAGGACCGUUCCAACUAUACAUAUGAUUCUCUCAUCCUGGGCAAGAAGAAUUUCAAUGGGAUUUUGUCUAUGGAUGUGUUGCUGCAGCUGUUGACACUGCAGACAAAGUUGCAAAACAUUGAGGUUUGGUCUGAAAAGCAUGGCAAGAAUAUUUCUCUCCAAGAUGUCUGCUAUGCACCCCUGAACCCCCAAAAUGCCAGCCUGUCUGACUGCUGUGUCAACAGCCUGUUGCAGUAUUUCCAGAACAACCGCACUCAUCUUGAGAUGGAGGCUAACCAGACAGUGAGAGGAGAGACGGGCAAAGUGGACUGGAGAGAUCACUUCCUCUAUUGCACCAACUCACCACUCUCCUUCCAAGACAUUACGGAACUGAAACUGAGUUGUAUGGCAGACUACGGAGCUCCCGUGUUUCCCUUCUUGGCAGUAGGGGGUUACCCAGGAGAGGAAUAUUCAGAGGCUCAGGCACUCAUCCUUACCUUUUCCUUGAACAACUACCCCCGCAAUGACCCCAAUUUUGACAAGGUGAUGUUGUGGGAGAAGCGAUUCCUCGAGAUUGUACAAGAAUUCCAGCAGGAACACGCUGACAACUAUUCCAUCGCCUAUAUGACUGAGCGCUCCCUGGAAGAUGAAAUUAACCGCACCACCUUGGAGGACCUCCCUAUCUUUGCUGUCAGUUACCUGUUGAUCUUUGUGUACAUCGCGCUGGCCUUGGGAGAGUACCACAGCUGCAGGCAUCUCCUGGUAGACUCCAAGAUGACUCUAGGCCUUGGCGGGAUCUUGGUGGUGCUAGGAGGUGUGAUGUCCUCUGUGGGAUUUUACAGCUAUGUGGGUUUGCCCUCCUCCCUCAUCAUUAUCGAAGUUGUCCCCUUUCUGGUCCUCGCCGUUGGCGCUGAUAACAUCUUCAUCUUUGUGCUGGAGUACCAGCAAUCUGAGCAGCAGCCGGGGGAGAGCAGGGAGCAACACAUUGGACGAGUGUUGGGGGACGUGGCUCCCAGCAUGCUCCUCUGCAGUGUCUCUGAAGCCAUCUGCUUCUUGUUGGGUGCUUUGUCAGAGAUGCCAGCAGUUCAUACUUUUGCCCUCAAUGCUGCUCUGGCUGUCCUCUUUGACUUCCUGCUUCAGAUAACCAUGUUUGUGGCCCUGGUGUCUCUGGAUGCCCGCAGACAUAAGGCCUCACGCUUUGACCUCUGUUGCUGUGUCCGCCUGGAGAAACGGGGGCAGGUAAAGAAGCAUGAGAGCCUCCUUCGCUCUUUCACAAGGAGGUUCUACGUGCCUGUCUUGCUCAACAGCAUCGUCCGGAUUCUGGUGGUGGUGUUCUUCAUCUUCAUGUUCUGUGCGGGGAUCUUCCUGAUGUUCAACGUCCAGGUGGGGCUGGACCAGGAGCUGUCUGUGCCAAAGGACUCCUACAUGUUGAAGUACUUUCAAUAUCUGAACCAGUAUUUUAUGGUCGGUGCCCCAACAUAUUUUGUCACUACUGGGGGCUACAACUUCUCCUCAAUUGAUGGAAUGAAUGGUGUCUGUUCCAGCACAGGAUGUGACAAUAACUCCAUGACCCAGAAGAUCCAGCAUGCCACACAGUUCCCCAAGGAGUCCUUCCUGGCCAUUCCUGCCUCUUCCUGGGUGGAUGACUUCAUAGACUGGCUGAAUCCUAUGACCAGCUGUUGCCGCAUACAUAGAUCUGGAGAAAAGGAGGGCCAGUUCUGUUCCUCUACAGAAACGGACCAGUCCUGCUUGCUGAACAUGUGCAUGAAACACACAAGCGACAUCCUCCGGCCUGAUGUGGAACAAUUCAACAAAUUCCUGCCCUGGUUUCUCAAUGACAUCCCUAACCUCAAAUGUCCCAAAGGGGGCCGUGGUGCCUAUGAUACAUCAGUACGUUUUGGGUCAGAUGGAGAAAUCCAAGCUUCCCGGUUCAUGGCCUAUCACAUACCCCUCAAAAGCUCACAAGACUACACGGCGGCACUGAAGGCUGCACGGGAGUUGUCAGACAACAUCACAGCCAGCAUGCGGAAAGUACCAGGCACGGAUCCCACUUUUCGAGUCUUCCCAUACACGAUCACCUAUGUCUUUUUUGAGCAGUACAUGACCAUUGCCGUGGCAGGCAUCACCAACAUGGUCCUCUGUCUGGUGCCCACCUUCAUUGUGUGCUAUGUCCUGUUGGGCAUGGACUUACGGUCAGGCUUUAUCAACUUGCUCACCAUCAUCAUGAUUGUGGUGGACACUGUGGGAGCCAUGACGUUGUGGGGGAUCUCGUACAAUGCCAUCUCUCUCAUCAACCUGGUGACGGCUGUGGGCAUUUCAGUGGAGUUUGUAUCCCACAUCACCCGCUCCUUUGCCAUCAGCACUGGGCACACCAAGCUAGAAAGGGCCAGAGAGGCUACCAUUAAUAUGGGCAGUGCGGUUUUUGCUGGCGUGGCAAUGACCAACUUGCCAGGCAUCGUGGUCCUGGCCUUUGCCAAGGCCCAGUUGAUCCAAAUCUUCUUCUUCCGCCUCAACCUCAUCAUCACCCUGUUGGGUAUGCUGCACGGCCUUGUUUUCCUGCCUGUCAUCCUCAGCUAUUUUGGGCCCAACGCCAGCCAGGCUUGGGUACCAGCACAACAACAGACAGAGGGCAAUCUGGCCUUGAGCAACCCCACGUUUGAAGGAAAAGAGAACCAGGCUAACGAAAGCCACUGCCAGCCCUUGGAAACAGGCUCAGAUCCCAAGGAAAUCCAUGAAGAGGGAAAGGGCCCAAACAUCAAAAACAGACGGGUUUGGACAGCCCCCACACAGGAGGAGUCAGCUCCCAGAACAGCCUUAUCAGUAGACACUGGGAAGGAUAUACGUCAGUCCUCCACACUGGAAGACAGCCACAUCAGCAGGACGGGGCCGGCCUAGAGGAGGACACAAAUGCUACUUGCGAUGUAUGUAUGUGGCCAGUAUGCACAACAGAACUCUUGCUGCUAGCCCAUCCCCCUGAUAGUGAGUGGAGAUCUCCCUGACAGUACCUAUCCAAUGUUUUUCAAGCGGUAUAUGAGGGCUUUAUUUCUACCAGACAGAAGAGCAGCUCCUCCUGGUGGAAAAACAGAACAAGCAGCAAAUAUGGGUUCAGAUGGUUUCUCAGCCCACUCCAGAACUCUAGAAACUUUAAUUUCAAAAGAAACACUUCUGUCACACUUAGGAAAUGUGUAAAUGCCACACACAUGUAUACUUUCAGUGGUGAAUUCAUCUCAACCACAGGUGCUAAAGUUUCUAGAAUGCUGAAAUUUUGUAGAAGAGCUGGAAUUGCAUGGACCACCAGAUAAAUAUAUUGGAAGGAGCUGCUCCCGCCUGCCUGUGGCACAUCAGUUCCAUCAUCCAUGAAUCGUGCACUUUAGGGGUAUUUGCAUUUCUCUUCCUUCCCAAGAUGCUGUCUACAUAAUUAACAUUCAGAGUAGAAACAUUUAUAUUUCUUAAUAUGCACAAUUUGCUAUUAAGGCAGUAAAAUAAGUUUAAGUUCGAUAAGAAAAUAACUAUUGCAUAUAUUUUAAUUUACUCCAAGGUACCAAACUUUCUGCAGGUUUUAAAUCUCUAGCAGACAAUUUGAUACCUAGUGGAGGCUAUCACCUUAAUUAAAUCACUUAUUCCAUAUAAAA